CUGAUAAAUAGCCACGAAAAAGACAUCAGGCUUAAUUAGGCUUUCCAGCUUGCAGUGGUGCCUACAUCUGGAGAUAGCCGUGCUCAUCCAAACUGUAUGAUUUCUGCACAGCACAGCUUAACUAACAGGUGUUAAUGAGACAGUGGGAAGGAUUGGACCAGACCAUGGCAAACAGUUAUGUAACAGUUUCUGAUGCAUACUGUCUUGCUGAGCCACUACCUUACUAUGAUGUUCUGCCAGAGCACAUUAAUUAUCAACUCCCGGAUUCAGACUUCCAGGCGACUCCAUAUUGUCAGUAUACAAAUAUGCCUUAUUCACCUGUGUUGCAAUCCCCAUCUUCUCAGUGCCAUUACAGUACCUACAGUCUGGAAAAUACAUAUGGAGAUGGGCAGUAUGUUCUGAGCUCCUGUGAUUUUAGUAAACCUUCAGCCAACAUGACCCAUAGUGUGGAAGAAAUGUACUCUACGAUGAAGAGGCCCAGAAUUAGUCAUUCUACUAUUCGGAUGAAAGGGCAUGAAGAGCUUUGUGUGGUAUGCGGUGAUAAAGCAUCAGGAUAUCACUACAAUGCACUUACCUGUGAAGGAUGCAAAGGUUUUUUUCGCCGUAGCAUUACCAAAAAUGCUGUAUACCGAUGCAAAAAUGGUGGACACUGUGAAAUGGACAUGUACAUGAGGAGAAAAUGUCAAGAGUGUCGUCUGAAGAAGUGCAAGGCAGUUGGCAUGCUUGCAGAAUGUUUGUUAACUGAAGUACAGUGCAAGUCGAAAAGACUUCGAAAAAACUGUAAACAAAACAGUUCAGUUUUUCGUAACGUGAAAGUGGAAGAUGAUGGAAGUGAUAACAGACAAGUAACAUCAACUACAAAACCAGCCAAAAUUAUUCCUCGUUUGGAACUGACUGCUGAGGACUGUAAGCUGAUUGAUCAUAUAGUAGCUGCAUACCAAAAAUAUGGUAUCCCGCUAGAUGAUCACAAGUUAUUUCUAGAAGAAUCAGCAAACCCAGAAGAGAUAUUUUACCAUAUCUCAGAAGCAGCAGUCAUGCAUGUACAAAUGUUGGUGGAAUUUACAAAAAAAUUACCAGGUUUUGAGUUGCUGGACCAUGAUGAUCAGAUUGCUCUUCUAAAGGGUUCCACAGUUGAAGCAACCUUUUUACGCUCAGCACAAAUAUAUAAUCAGCAAGUUUCUGGAGGUUUACUAACACAUAAUGAUGGGCUUGUCAGAUACCAGAGCCAUUCAACAGAAUAUUACCAUAUUCAGGAUUUUGACAGAGGUGCUCUGUAUUCUGUAGAAACACCUCCUCACCAAAAUAUUUCACAGUAUAAUCCAGAUAUCACAGAUGAAUUUAUUACUCCAUUGUUUAAUUUCUUCAGAAGCAUGGGUUCUCUUAACGUGACUGAAACUGAAUAUGCCUUACUUCUUGCAAUAACAGUGUUCUUUUCAGAUCGCCCAUUCUUAAAAAACAAAGUUUGCGUUGAUAAACUGCAAGAGCCACUACUAGCAAUUUUACACAAGUACUCCAAAAUUUAUCAUCCUGAAGAUCCUCAACAUUUUGCACGUUUGACUGGCCGUCUAACUGAGCUAAGGACCCUGAAUCACAACCACUCAGAAGUCCUGAUAUCUUGGAAAAUGAGAGACACCAAACUUACCUCACUAAUUAAUGGAGGCUGGGACCUACCAUGAGCUUCAGACUGAAAAUAUACUAUUCACCUUAGUACCUAUUGUUUUUAAUUUAUGCAAAUCCAUUUGUUAAACUGUUGGGCAUUUUAAGGCAAAUGUGUCUUUGAAUGACUUUUUUAAGAAA